AACAAGCUGGUUGCAGUUUCAUUGUUUUCUAAUAUAAUUAAUAUAUUGUUAUAUUAUAGAUAAUUUAGCAAGAACUAAAGUUGAAAGAUGUGAAAGACAGUUCUGUCCAUUGUUAUUUGUUUAAAUUUUUUAUACGCAUAUAGCAUACAUUGUAAAUAACAUUAUUAUCUUAUUAUAUUUAAUAGAAAAAUGGGCAAUCAACUAGUUGGUGUAGCACCUUCACAGAUAUUUCCAGUCGAGCACUAUUUAAGUGAUCAUGUUGAUUUAACAUUCGAUCAAAGUCUCGGUUCAACAAGGUUUUUUAAAGUAGCAAGAGCCCGUACUAGAGAAGGUUUAGUUGUAGUAAAAGUGUUUGCCGUCCAUGACCCAUCUCUGCCUCUGGCUGAACAUAAGGAGAGGAUAUUGAAGAUAAAGGAACAGCUUGCAUCUGCUUUUAAUUGUUUACCCUUUCAAAGAGUUAUAUUGACAGACAAAGCUGGUCUACUUAUGAGAGAAUACUGUAAGUGUAGCGUCUAUGAUAGAAUGGCUACUCGACCAUUCCUCACAGUACUGGAGAAGAAGUGGAUAACAUUCCAAGUCCUGUAUGCUUUGCACCGGAUGCACAAGCUUGGCAUAUGUCAUGGUGAUAUUAAGCUAGAGAACAUUAUGGUGACCUCGUGGUUAUGGGUUCUGCUGACUGACAUCGCGUCGUUCAAGCCGACUUUCCUGCCGGAUGACAAUCCCGCAGACUUCAGCUACUUCUUCGACACGUCUAGGCGGAGGCUCUGCUAUGUAGCACCCGAGAGAUUCGUAAAAGCCCCAGACCCUAAUGUCAGACCUACGGGAGAUGACAGGAACAGCGGCCUGUUACUGAGCGAGUCGCCGUGCAAAGUCGGAGAACUGGUUCCCAGCAUGGAUAUAUUUUCUACAGGGUGUGCUCUCCUAGAACUCUGGAACGACGGUACGCCAGCUCUCGACCUUCCUGGGUUGUUAGCUUACCGAAAUGGCGAAGAUCGACCGCCAACGAUGACUCUACCAGAUACAUGCGAGCCAGAACUUCGGAACCUCUUGCAUUCCAUGACAGAAAGAAAUCCUAAAGAUAGGCGAAGUGCUGAACUAUACUUAGACGAAGCUAGGGGCACAUUAUUUCCUGAAUAUUUUUACUCAUUCCUCCAAUCGUAUAUGUUGAUAUUUUCCGCGCAACCGAUAUUGCCGGCGGACGAGAAAAUAACUCGCAUCUACCAAGACAUUAAAAAUAUCAUCAAAAUCUUCACCCAACCAUCGAAUUCCAAGAACUAUCAGGACCUGGUCGAAGAGACCACCGAGAACCAGAAGGUUGAAAUCGACGCACUAAUAAAGGAAGGAUUCAGGGUUAUGACGGUUAAUGUUACGGAUUUUGAGGAAGAAAAUGACAACAAGACCCCGGAAACGAAAGUGAUGGGUCCGGACAGUGAAGGGUUGAUUCUGAUUACGUCACUGGUGACGUCGUGCAUCAGAGGAUUACAUCAUUGCACGUCGAAGUUACAUUGUUUGGAGAUAUUGCAGCUGCUCUGCGAAAAUUCCAGUUCUGAGAUCAUUUUGGAUAGGAUAUUGCCGUAUAUUAUCUACCUGUCGCACGCGGGCGAGGCGCGCGUGCGCGCGUGCGCGGUGUGGUGCGCGGCGCGCUGCGUGUCGUGCGUGCGCUGGCUGCCGGCGCAGGACUGCAACGUGUUCCCCGAGUACAUCCUGCCCGAGCUGGCCCCGCGCGCCUCCGACCCCGCGCUGCCCGUGCGCAUCGCCUACGCCGACAACAUCGCUAAGCUAGCAGAAACAGCGCUAAGAUUCCUCGAUCAGACGCAGAACAUGGCCGAUAAAGAGGCAGCGAAUAUAAACUACGAAACUGAACUCUCAGCGCUGCAUGAAAUGGUCCGUUCCACUGUAUCGUACUUACUGACAGACUCGCAGGCGGUCGUGAAACGAGCUCUCGUUGAAAAUGGUAUCACGAAGCUUUGCGUAUUCUUUGGAAAGCAGAAAGCGAACGAUGUGAUCCUCUCGCAUAUGGUAACAUUCUUGAACGAUAAAGAGGAGGUUGCCUUGCGAGGAUGUUUCUUCGAGAGGGUCGUUGGGGUCGCUUCGUAUGUGGGCCAGCACGCUGCACCCAUACUUUUGCCAUUGCUGCAACAGGGCUUGACAGAUCAAUCUGAAUGGAUAAUAGCGAAGGCUCUGCGAGCUACCAGCAGCCUGGCUGAGCUGGGACUGCUGCCGAAGCAAUCGUUGUGUGACCUCGUCGCAGAGAGUGCGGUCUACCUCGCACAUCCCAAUUUAUGGAUACGUCAUGAGGUAUGCGGCUUGGUGUCGUGUGUAGCGAGUCUGUUGAAUCCGAUCGACGUUAAUUGCAAGAUACUGCCACUAGUCUGGCCGCACCUUAAGCACAAACUUAUACAGGUUGAAAGAGCUGAACUUCUUCUAGAGAGUCUGUCGGAACCCAUACCGAGGAAGGUUCUGGAUGCAGUUUUGAGGCACGGCGACGUGGACCGACUCGUGCAGACUCUCAGGGAAAGGCGGAGUGCUAGACUCAAGGUUAAACAAGGCAUGAUGCCCCAGUAUUCGGAAAUGGGGCAACAGCUUAAGAAUUUAUUUAGAAGACUAGCGUCCGACGGCAUGACGGAACACGUAGAGAAUCAAUUGUUGGCGAUGAGUGCGCAUCUUAUCAAAAUACAAAGUUCCCUGACGCAGCACAUCACGGACGCACCGGGCCGGCUGGUGCUGACCGGCGGGGGGAAGUCCCGCGCCGUGCAGCUCGACAGCGACGCGCUGCCCGUCGACAAGAUCUACCAACAAUCCGUGCAAAGAAGGUCGCAUAAAACGUCGCUGUCCCAAGAAACGCAAAUGAACACGGAAUGGCAACACAUGUUCGGACAGGCCCAGGAUCAAGUGUCCGUCAAAGCGUCAGAACAAGUGUCCCAAACGGGCGGUCAAGUGAGUGCGAGCGUAGGUGCGGCACAGACGAGCGUCAAUAUCAGCCAACCAGCUCACUCGCAGAUGGGGCACAGCGCCAGCUAUGUCCAAUAUAGCAUGGCGCCAUGUCGGAUGGAAUUGAGAAAUCUAAUAUCACGAAUGCAACAGAAAUUCCAGAAGUCAUUGAGAAGUCACGACGACAAUGUGGAGGCCAGUGAAGACCUUCAGCCACCAGCGACUUGGAGACCUGGAAAUCAGUUACUGGCUUACUUACACGAACACAAAGCACGCGUGAACCAGCUGGUGCGUCUGCCGUCGCAGCGCGGGCUCUUCGGCUCGUGCUCCGACGACGGCACCGUGAGACUCUGGGACGCGAAUCGGCUUCAGGGCCACGCUUAUGUUAAUAAGUCGAAAUCCAUGUAUAAUCGUAGUGCCGGUCCCGUGAUAUCACUCGCGGCUUGUGAAGGGGGACAGUCCCUAGUGGCAGCUACUCAGGAGGGAUCUAUAUUUGUACUCAGACUGGACAGUGGCUCGUCGCGCAUGAGCCUGUCGCAGUGCCGUCAGCUGGAGCGCGGGUCUGACGCGUGCGUAGCGUGCGCCUCCGCCGGCGGAGUGCACGCUGGAGUCAUCUCCUACGCCACGCUGGGAGCCGCGCUCGUGGGCUGGGACCUGCGUGCGCCGGGUAAUGCGUGGAAGCUUCAGGGCGACCUGAAACAGGGUGUAUACACUUGCCUGUACGCGAAUAGCGCAGGAUACUUGGCCGUUGGAACAUCAAGCGGAGCCGUUUGCGUGUGGGAUUUAAGAUUCGGUCUCCCCAUCACGUCGGUUAAACAUCCUAACUCGGAGCGCAUCCGGCGCGUGGUGGGCUUCGGCGGCGGCUCGUCGCGCGUGUGGGCGGCGGGCGCGCGCGACGCGGCGGCGUGGUGCCUCGAGUCCACGCAGCGCACGCACGCGCUGUGGCCCGCCACCGCCGGCGCGCAGCCGCUGCACUACUCCGCCGCCUCAUCGCAUUACAUGAGCGCCGCGUAUUGUGGAACACGAGACGGAAGCAGGUUCCUCAUAUCCGGUGGAUCGGACCAACGGCUCCGUUUCUGGGACCUGCAGCAUCCUGAAGACUCGCACGUGCUGCUUCACGCACCCCACGACCAGAUGCAUUCGGUCAAAUAUAGAAGUAGAAUCAUCGACGGAACGACAGUAAUCCAGGAGUGCUGUAAGUCCAACCCGUCAACGCCUCCCUCGCUCCAAGAGGACAACGUGUACCGAACUGUGGAGUCUAGGAGCUUCUAUCACACCGCACCCAUCACAGACAUCACCCUCGUCGAGGGGAACAGAUGUUAUCUAGUUAGUUCCUCCGCCGACGGUGUGAUAAAUGUGUGGAAAUAGUGAAUCUUUUAAUUUAUCACAUAAACGUUGAAUUAAAUCCUAGUCUGCUGUUUUUUAUUUAAUUUGCGUUCAAAAGUUUUUCGUCGUGGUGAGUUAUUCAAGGUUAAUUUUGAGUUCAACAUUGCUUUGUUAACUUGUGUUUGAAAAGUUUAUGUUGCUCAUGGUUUAACGCGUUUUAUGUUUAAAAUUAAAUAAUAUGUAGUAUAAUAUACAAUUUUAGUAUUUGCUAGAUAAUUUAACAAUACUUGAUUGUUGACGUUGUAUUGGAUUACAUAUUGAAAACUGUAUGAUGUUAUUUUUUCAAUGCUCUGUUAAUUGUAAAGACUUAUAUAGUCUGUAUUGUAAGAGAAAUGUCAACGUCAUUUUUACCGCCAAUAAAACUGCCAACUGGCGCUACUCAUAUUGUAAUGUCAAAAAUGUGGCAGAGUAAACACGAACGGUCAGCCAUUAAUUACGACUUAACUUAAAGUUAAUUGUGGCGCCAAAAUGUUACAAAUAAUAUCGUGUUUUUUUUUAUCAUUCAUAGACGAACGAACUUUUUGUUAUAAAUCUAACAAUAUGAAAUUGUUUAUAAAUAUUUUAAAUGUGUAUCUAUGAUCCUAACAUGAGAUUUUUUACCUUUAAAUAAACUUUUUUAGUU